AUGGACUACAAUAAGCCUCUCGACCUUCUUCACAUGGCGGGAGAGACUGAUUGGGUGGAGAGGGUGAAUAUGGCUUGCGUGGAUGGACGUCUCUGCAGUUGGGCUACUGGACUUCAACCCCAAAAUUUCUCAUGUCGGCUAGAUUGUGGGUUCCUGAAUGGCUCAUACAAUAUAGGCCAAAAGCUUGUCUUUGAUGACGGAACAACCUGGUUACUUCGCCUACCUCGUGCUGGCAGCGUUUCUCCAGAUUAUGCGGACGAAAAGGUAGCGAUGGAGGUGGAAACUCUUCAUCUUAUUCGGGGGAAGACAUCGUUACCCGUCCCAGAGAUGUAUGCCUGGGGUCUUGCAAGGGAGAAUCAACUUGGGUUGGGCCCUUUCAUGAUGAUGAACUUUUAUCGACGGCAUCUGCCUUGGUGA